AUGUUUGAAGAACUAUGUUCUCAUACUAGUUUAGCACGUGUUGUGGGUGGUGGGUCUCAAAAUGCUAAUGAGGCCUACCACUCAUUAUUAUGGACUAUGGUCCCAAAACAUCGUUAUUGUUCAUCAGCAACUCUUCGUAUUGGAUUGGGAUUAUCUUCUAUCAUUUAUAAUGAAGGAUAUGAAGCAUUGAAUAGACUAUUUACAAGCAUAUUCUUGUCUAUGGGCUAUUAUUCUACUCAAUGCCUUCGUAAACUUGAUGUUUUGAGAAACUCUCGUACUUCGCAAACUAAAAACAAGCAUUUAAAACGUGCAAAAAAAACAACAGUUGCUGCAAGUACUGCUUCAACUGAACGUGAUGGUGAAAUUGCAUAUACCUCAAAUGAAGAAAACUUUGAUUCCAUUGUAAACGAUAUUACAUUAGAACUCAAUGAUAUUGCAUUAGAACUAUCGGAUGGUGACAGUACUGAUAUAUAUGAAGCAGGUGGUGAUGAUUGA